AUGAGAACUUACCUAAUCACUGAUAUCUAAAACUGUGUGAUUAAUAAUUGUUAUUCAUUAGAGAAUUUACUCACUAUAAAUGUAAACAAAUUUAAAAUAAUGAACUAUAUGUAUACAGAACAAUUGAGUACAUUAUACAUAGUUUUUUAGUUAAUAUUUCACAACUUUAGAGACCAAGAUGAGAUUUUUCGCUACUUUAAAGACCAGUGGGGCGUAUCCCGGAAAUUAUUUCGAAAAGUAUAUGCCCAUAUUCAUCCCAGGGACCAUAAAAUAUUAAGGUAAAAUUUCAGUUUAAUCGGUUGAAUAGAUUUUAGCUGUCACUUCUAGCCAUCUUAACCCGCUGAACUAUGUAGAUCUAUACGAAAAAUCAGCCUAUUUCUUAGACGCUUUAAUAAGACUCAUUAAGUAACUUAUCCACCUUGGAAACCUAUCUCGCUGGUUAUCUAAAAUUCUUCAUUAACUUUACACGGUAGUAAUCAACAAAGAACCUGAUGAACCUAAUCCUCCGGUUAUUUUCAACCGCAAGGCAAGUAAAUUCCAUGUAAACCCUAACCAUGUAGUUAAUUUAACUCAUUAAUCUACUGAAUUCCAUGUUAUACAUAACAAUUACUUAACACGCAACUUCUGUAAGGUUGCAGUCCAAUGGUUGGAGUAAUCAACAGUUUAACCUCUCUGUUAUAUAAACCUGCAGGCCAUAUUAACUCCCCUAUGUAUAGUGAAUCUCAUGUUAUGGUACCGUAUACUACGUAUUUUUUAGCUAUAUAUGUUGAAUUAUUUAAUUUAACACAUUCACUGCGGUAUCCGCACAUUUGUACUAUUCCGGCUGUCCUAAUUUCGUUACAGGACUCACAGUUAAGGUGUUAGAACAGCUAAGUUAAAUAUAACCAAUCAAACAACUGAGUCUCUGGAUAUAAAAUUAUGUGUAAUGUGAGUAACUGUAGUCUUAACUAGUAUACGUUAAUGCAUAAAUUGAAACUCAAUAAAGAGCGGUAUACAGAUAUAUCCGUACCAUUAGAAUUACGCUAAACGCGGCAUAUAGGCAUAUCCGAUCCGUAUUUUAGUUUAUUGUGUAUAUUAUAAUGUACGAAAAUGCUGGCAAUAUGUAGAAAUGCGUAAAUGUAUUAAAAAAAAAGUAAACCAGUGCUAUUCUUUUAUCAACGUUUCACUUUACAAUGCGAGGGGUGCAGAUAUAACCACGGUACGGUGCGUGCGCGUAAAUGAUUCGUAACCGUGUAAAACCGGUAGAGUUAAAAAAAUGUUUUUUGUUUGUAUUUAUUCUUCCCAGUAAUAGAAAAUAAAUUGAAACUUGAAAUUAACUGAUAAAAAAGUCUCUAAAUGCACGAUAAUUGAACCAAGACAAAGAUUUUUUCAGCGCCUAAGGGAUAAUAUUUCAUCGGACUUGCAAUGUGUAAUAAAGUAAACGUAUCCUCCAUUACACAAGCGAGUUAGACAACUAAUUCAAUACAAACCUUUCUCACUAACUAAGUUUUGUUCUGUGUUUCCUCGAGAGUGUAAUCACAAAGAAUACACACAAAUCCCUUUUUUCGGGGGGAAUAAAACUCCUCGUGUUUUUCCAGUGGUACCCGCUUUUUACAUAAAUUGUAUUUCCCAUCAUAAUUACCGCCCGUUACAUCCGAGCAUUCAAGUUCAUGACAACCGAACUGAUCACUUUUUGUGGCAAACAGUGGAAAGUACUCUUCAAGAAUAAUGAUGACUAUUUGCUUUUAAUAAUUAUAGAACGUGUAUCUUAUCCACUUGUGUCCUAAUCUUGAUGUGCAUAUGCUAUGUUCCAGGGGUGCGCUGAGGGAUGGUUCAACAUGAGAGAAAUGCUGAAAUGUAUGAUCGCGAUGUCUUCGUAUGCCAAGAAGCGGAGAUAAAUUCAAAACAGACCAAUGAAGUCGACUCAGGAUUGAGCGAACUUGGAGACUGUGUAAACCAAUCCAUUUCAGAGAAAAAAGAAAACCUCGAUAUAUGUGUAUCUCGUCGCACGACUUAUUUUCAAACGCUGUUCCAUCUGAUCAAAUGCCACGUAGGGUCUGGAAUUUUUACGGUUGGUGACGUUUUCCACUACCAUUCGGGUCUUUGGAUCGCUCCCCUUCUGACAGUGUGUCUAGGGAUUGUCUGUGUCUGUGACAACCAUAUCUUGGCUGAUUGUACCAAUGAAAUCAGGAAACGAAAAAAUAUAUAUUCUUACCCAACAUUUCCGGAAACGAUGGAAUUGGCGUUUAAAUUUGGACCGAGAUUGUUUCAGAGUUGUUCUAUGACCGUAAGGGAAAUUGCUAAGGGGUUGAACAUUCUGACUCAGCUGGGUUGCUGCAUAGUGUAUUUCAUAUUUAUUUCUUCUGCUCUGCAGUCUUUGUUGCAGAUGCUCGCUAGACACGGCAUCAUCAUGGAUGAACACCUAAUUAUCGUUAUAAUUUUUUUCCCAAUCGUGAUGACUAUCUUCAUGUUCCACCUCAAGUUCUUGACCAUUUUCUCAGUGAUGGCCAGCGUGUUCUUCUUCUGUGCAGUUUCACUGACGUUAUACAUAUCGUCCUCAGACUUGCCGCCGCCCACUCCUAGACCGACCAUCGCUCACUGGUCGCAGAUACCUCUCUUCUUUGGAACUUCAGUGUAUUGCUUUGAAGGUAUUGUUAAGACUCUACCACUUCAUGGAGAUAUGUCAUACCCUGACAAGCAAGUCCGUCCGUACACUGUACUGAUUGUGAUCUUAGCUGUUGUUGGAUCCCUGUUUGUUGUCAUAGCAUUCAUCUGUUUCAUGAAGUUCGUAGACGAUUUAGCGACUCACAACUUUAAUGACCAAAUCACUUUCAGCUUCAUACAGCAUUACUUGUGUUCUGAGAUAGUCCACCUAACCAUCGCGCUCGGGCUGCUGUUCUCUUACACUCUGCAAUUCCACAUCGCGCUGAUGUUGGUGUGGCCGGAGCUGGUCAAAGAACACGGACCUAAACGACACACAAUGCUAGCUGAGCUCUGUGUGCGUUUGCUACUAGCUCUCUGCACUUUUACGGCAGUGGAGGUGGUGCCCAAGCUGGGGGUGUUCAUGUCUCUGACAGGAGCGGUGUGUGGGACUCUACUAGCUCUACUGAUGCCUCCCCUCUGCGACCUGGCCCUUCACUGGGACCUCCACCCUAGUCCGUGGAAACAUCUCUUUGAUUUCUUCUCUAUAUUUUUGGCAGUCACGGGAUUUUUCACUGGAAUGUUCUACACGGCCGUUAUAAUGAUUAAAGGUUUUCCUGACGAAAUGCCUGCUCACAGAUGAGAUAUGUGGUCUUACUUUUUAAUGUUACCCAAUUCGCUGUCUGCCAUCAAUUAUUAAUGUGAAGCGGCAGCGUAUCAGAAUUGUAGGACAGCGUAUCAAUUGAAGGAGUCGUUGCAUUCACUUCAAAAAUAAA